AUGCUAGAUUAUCACUACUCGAUCAAAACCGCCGCCGCAUUGGCAAUACUGCUGGCAUUGCCGUCUGGCCUCCAUGCUUGCCAGCGAGUACGCCACUUCCACUCGCACAGUCACGCCAAACGUCAAGCAUCGCCACCGCCAGAGCUGUCAGAACAUGAAGCUUUGAUUAUAUCGUCUUUCGACAACAACAGCAUCUCGGACUGGAGCUACUACUAUACCCACGGCAAUCACAUUGCCGGACGUAACCGAAGCCAAGCACAGUGGACAGCCGAUCGCUGGGCCGAAGCUGGCUUCGAGACGAGACUGGAUAGCUAUCAUGUUUACUUGAAAUAUCCAGUCAGCAAGUCGCUGGUUGUGACUUGGCCAAAUGGAACGACAUACACGCCCAGCUUGGAGGAAGCAGUCCUUGAAGAAGACGAUGUUACUGGAUGGGAGGACCGGAUUCCGACUUUCCAUGGCUACAGUGCGAGCGGCGAGGCCAAUGCAGAAUACGUUUACGUCGGCAGAGGUCAACAAGUUGACUUUGAGCGGCUUGUGGCACUUGGCGUGGAGCUGGAAGGCAAGAUUGCAGUUUCAAGAUACGGAGGCCCAUUCAGAGGAUUGAAAGUCAAGAAUGCGCAAGACUACGGAAUGAUUGGAGCUAUUCUAUUCACGGACCCCGGAGACGAUGGUAACAUCACUGUCGCCAAAGGCUACGCAGCGUAUCCCGAUGGACCAGCGAGGAAUCCGACAGCAGUUCAGCGAGGAAGCGUGCAGUUCCUCUCACAAUAUCCAGGAGAUCCCACAACACCCGGAUAUCCGUCUCGUGAAGACUCACCACGAGCGGAUAAAGGAGUAGUGACACCUCAAAUCCCAUCGAUUCCCAUAUCUUACGAAGAAGCUGGUCCCAUACUUGCCGCAUUGGAUGGCUUUGGCACAUCUGGCGUCGAUGUCAAUCGCACGAACUGGGUCGGCGCUCUCAAUGCCACUUACUCAACUGGUCCUGCGCCUGGCGUCACUAUCGGCCUGACCAACGAAAUGGAAGACGCGUACACCGAUAUCUGGAAUGCAAUAGGCAUCAUCAACGGCACCAACACAGACGAGACGAUCAUCAUCGGCAACCAUCGAGACGCUUGGCUGAUUGGAGGAGCAGCUGAUCCCAAUUCAGGCACUGCAAUCAUCGUUGAGCUGGGUCGAGUGUUCGGCAAGUUGCUAGAGCAAGGAUGGAAGCCGAAAAGGAACAUCGUCUUGUGCUCGUGGGACGCCGAAGAAUAUGGAUUGGUUGGAUCGACCGAGUGGGUUGAAGAGUUCAUUCCCUGGAUCAAAGACACGACGGUCUCAUACCUCAACAUCGACGUCGGUGCCAGUGGACCUCACCCAGGAAUCUCGUCUACACCAGAGCAGCAUGAGAUCGCCGUUGAGACGAUGAAGAAGAUAGUCUGGCCAGCUCUUGGUGGCAACGAAACAAUGUACGAUGUUUGGUACGAUGAUACGGAAGGAGAGACUGGCGUGCUUGGGAGCGGAAGUGACUACACCGCCUUUGUGCAUCGGGGAAUCGCUUCAAUCGAUAUGGGCUCUGAUCCAGGACCAACUGACCCGAUUUAUCAUUAUCACUCAAACUACGACAGCUACCACUGGAUGGCAAACUUUGGUGAUCCUGGCUUCUUGGUACACAAGGCUAUGGGUCAAUACCUGUCUAUCCUCGCCUAUCACCUUGCCACAGAUGCACUCCUUCCUCUCAACCCGGGCAAUUACGCGAGCGAAUUAGGGGCCUACUACCAGGACCUCCGCUACACUAUAGGCAACGCCACAGAAGACGUCGAUACCUCGGAGAUUCGAUCGGCCAUCGAGACAUUCCGUGUCCAAGCCGAGGAAGCUUCUGCGUUGGCAGACGCUGCCGUCGAAUCUGGCGAUGAUGAGCUCUUGCGGGUUGUCAAUCACAAGUAUCGCGAUUUCCAGCGGGGCUUCGCUUCACAAGGUGGAUUGCCGGAUCGUGAGUUCUUCCAGCAUCUGAUCUUCGCUCCUGGGGUGGAUACGGGUUAUGCUCCGGUUACGUUCCCUGCUGUCACUGAGGCUGUGGAAGCUGGGAACUUCACGUUGGCCAGGGAGUGGGUCGGGAAGACUGCGGCUGCUAUUCUGGCUGCUGGUGAGAUUUUGAAGACCUGA